ACAAAAAAAGCAGCCCAUGGCUUAAUGUUUGUCAGACAUUUAAUAACAGGGGGGAAAAUCCUAGUCCAGCAUUUAUAUUAAAGAAAACAGCUAAAUCAUAAUCCAGCCUGAAAGAAGCUUUGGAUUUUAGGACAGCAGGAUCCUGAGGUAUCAGAGAGACAACGCCUCAUAUCACUGUCAUUGUUUUACUUGGCCACUAAAUUUGAACUUAAGACCGAUCCUGAUUGAGGAAAUCCGCCAGAGACUGAAUGGUUUACUUGCACGCAUUUUUGAUUACCCUUCGCCGAUGAGCGUGAGAGGCUCUGACACCAGCCCGAGUGGAUCUGAUGAACUUUUGGGAAAAAUCUCUUUUAAACAAAUAUAUCCAACGCAUGGGGAGCCUAUAUUUUCACUCAUUUCCAAAUCCUUUGGAUUAUGUUUUCAAGUGUCUCUUCAAAUUGAAGUUCUAUUUAUUGACUAAAAUCAUCUAAUAACCUGACAGUUGAAAAAUGCUGAGGCCUGAAGCUGUUUCUGUAGCCGUCUGGGUAGCAUGUGGAGUUAUGGGUGUGUUGCUGGCUAAUACUCAGCAAUGUAGCAUUAAAGUUCCCACAGACAUACAAAUCCGCACCGAUUCUAUACAGUUCACACUGAACAGCUCAGAUGUGGAAUGCAGAUUCAGAGUGAAUAUUGCGGAUAUGCCUGAGAACUCGAUAGACUGUGAUCAAGAUCAGGAAAUGACUAAAUGUGAACUUGUGAAUUUGGACCCUGGGACCUGGUACCACCUGAGUAUAAUAUCAAAGAACGAUAGUAAUCAACACAACGUUUCCCUACCAACAAGACCUUCAGUGGUGCAAAGUGUUCAGGUGUUUAGACACGUGGAUAGCCUGAGCGUGUCCUGGAAGCCAGGCCCAGGGAGAGCAGAGCAGUUUCAAAUUCUGCUCAGAGACAGCACGGGUCCGGGCUCUGCCUGGAACGCCACGUUGGACAAUGUUACAACUUCGUACACGAUGAACGGCCUGACUCCUGGUCGCAUGUACAAUAUGAGCAUCGUCACCGAGGCAGCAGGGAUGCAAAACGCUGUGUCUGUGCAGGAACAAACAGUACCGAGCAUGGUCCUUAAUGCACAUAUGGAGAGCAAUGGGAGUCAGACAAGCCUCCAGGUCUCUUGGGAUCAAGCUCCUGGUGAUGUGGACAGUUACCUGGUCCAGCUACUGUCUUCUGAUUCAGCUGUGCAGGAGCAAACUCCGUCCCCAAACACCACACGAGCUCAGUUUGACCAGCUGACACCUGGCAGCUCCUACCAGGCCUUGAUCUACACCAGGAGUGGUGAUCUCAGCAACCAGGUCAAUGUGACUGCUACAACCGCUCCAGGCAAAGUCUCUCAGCUGAAGAUGGAGAAACCUGCUAAGUACGGUGACUUGAAGAUUAGCUGGCUGCCCCCUGUAGGACACUGGGAACACUACAGCGUGAUGCUCUUUAAUGGCAGCGAGACGCUGUUUAACAAAACCCUACAUAAAGCUGCGACAGACUUCAGGUUUUCUCCAUUGAAUCUUCAACCUGGCAGAGUUUAUACAGCAGCAGUGAGUGUAGAGAGCAGGGGGCAGAGCAGUACUGUCUACUGCCGUGCAGAAAUAGGCCCAUCACCUGUGUCGCAGCUACAUAUCCGUCAUGCAGACGAGACGUCCCUCAGUGCCUUAUGGGACCACAGUUUUGGCUCAGGGACUCGUGACGGCUACACCGUGGAGCUUUACAACGCCACCGGUUCCACUGCCAUUCACAUACGAAGGCUGAGCCGGGACAUGAGAGAGUGCACUUUUAACGUGCUGGUGCCUGGCCGUCUGUAUAAAAUUGUCGUCACAACCACCAGUGGAGAUCUCCGCAGUUCUGCUACAGUGACAGGAAGGACAUUGCCUCAUGAAGUGACCACCCUGAGGCUAAACAAUAUGAGAACCACAGACUCUCUCAAUGCCUCCUGGGACAGGCCUCAGGGAGAUCUGGACUCCUAUCAAGUGCUGCUGCUACACAACAAAGAGACUGUGUAUAACCUCACUGUCCCGGCUAACACCACCAUUAUCUACCUCCCGCAUCUCAAUGCUGGAGCAUUCUAUAAGCUGCUGAUUAGCACAGUCAGUGGAGAACAACGAUCCAAGCAGGCUGAGGCCAACUGCCACACAGUGCCAGCAGCUGUGGCUGAAGUGACAGUCACGAACGAAGGACGUCCAGAUUUCCUCAAUGUCUCAUGGAAAGCUGCACCAGGAGAAGUGGACAGUUAUGAGGUCAACCUGAAAGAUCAUGAGCGGAUUGUGUACACGCUCACCGUAACCAAACUGAGCUCUGAAUUCAGCAGUCUUGUGCCUGGACGACUGUAUACCAUCUCCAUUAGCACCUGCACUGGGGUUUACAAAAACACCACUGUGGUCCAAGGAAGAACACAACCGUCUGCAGUGCAGAACCCCAAUGCCAUCCACUUAGCCCAAGAAAAUGCCCUGAAGGUGUACUGGAACCAGGCAGCUGGAGAUUAUGACCAUUACAACAUAGCAAUCCUGUACAACAACACACUCCUUCAGAACCAGAAAGUGGAGAAGAGCCGGCACGAGUGUGUGUUUAGUGAUCUGGUACCUGGUCGACUCUACAUGCUCACUUUGAGCACCUGGAGUGGAGAAUACGAGUCCAAGACUUCCACUGAAGGACGUACAUUUCCCGCUGCAGUACACUCGCUGGCUCUGGCCGAGAAAGGAACCAAUCAUUUGUGUGUGAGCUGGAAGUCUGCACCAGGGGAUGUGGAUCACUACGAGCUCCAAAUCCUCUUCAACGACACAAGAGUUUUCCCAGCCAUGAGACUUAACAACACAGCGCGAGAGCACUGCUUCUCUCCGCUCAACCCCGGCUUUCUCUACAAGAUAGUGGUUUCCACCAUCAGCGGGUUGUACCUACAGGCCCAGCGCAUAGAGGGCCGCACCGCACCCACUCAGGUGAAGAACCUCCAGCUCCUCCCUGGGGCACUCAGUGGCAGUCUCAGGGCUUCCUGGAGCGCUGGUGCAGGAGAUGUGGACUUCUACACGGUCUACCUGCUCCAGAACGUAAAUGUCGAGAUCACCCGACGUGUCCCUAAGCAGGACAACAGGACAGACUUUGAAGAGCUCACCCCCGGGCAGUUGUACACAGUUAGAGUAGAGACAGUGAGUGGAGCAUUGACUAAUGACAGCAGCGUCAGCGGACGUACAGUUCCUUCGCCGGUGAAGAGCCUCCGGGCCGACAGUGAACACACCACACACAGUCUGUCUGUUAGCUGGGAAGCGCCGGUGGGUGUGUACGAUGGCUACAGUGUUCGGCUGUUGGACGAGGACGAAGCCAUGGUAGCCAAUGUUUCAGUGCCUACAGGCAUCACACGUUACCGCUUUGAGGGUUUGGUCCCAGGAAGAUCGUACACUGUGCAUCUUAAGACCUUCAGCAACACUUCUCACAGCAAGGACACUGUAGCAACAGGGAAAACACGCCCAGCAGCUGUGAAAGGUCUCCAUCAGCUUUUCAACAGCACCGCUGAGCUGGCGUUCGGCUGGAAUGCAUCUGAAGGCUGGGUGGAAAAUUACGAUCUCCACCUAUACAACCAGGACAAUAUUCUCCAAGACCACAAGAAACUGGGACCAAAAAACAGAAGCUGCAUUUUCCCUCACCUGCUUCCUGGGACACUUUACAAACUAGUGGUGAUAAGCAGGAGCAGAGGACUGAGCAGUGAGUCUUCUCUGUUCGCGCGCACAGUUCCUGCCCCAGCUCGAGACUUGCAGAUUGAUCAUAACGGCCACACCGACAGUGUGUUGCUGAGCUGGAGACAUUCUCCUGGGAGUCUAGACGGAUAUAUCGUUUCUCUGGAGGGCUCGGAUCAGCCAGAACAGAGACUGGGACCCGAACACACUCGCACAAUCUUCACAAACCUUCUGCCUGGUCGCUUUUACACUGCUGUGGUGCGCAGCUGGAGUGGAGAACUUACAAACACUGUCUCUGUAGUAGGGCGCACAGUUCCUGAGCCACCCACAUCACUGACCAUUAAAGAUGUCGGCCCUGUUGGCACGGUAGAGGUGAUAUGGCACGCUCCUGCUAAUGGGGACUAUGAUGACUUUGAAGUAAAAUGGCUGCCUCAAGAUGUGCUGCAGAUGUCCAAACCAAACGCAAUGCGACGCAUCAUCUCUGGUCUUUACCCUGGCAGGCUGUAUAACAUCAGCCUGUCCACUGUGAGCGGGGGAACACCAGGGCCUGUUACCUACAGCUCAACUAUUUACCACUCCAUCCGCACAGCUCCAGGACCAGUCCAGACCUUCCACUGUCAUCCCAUGAGCUCUAAGUCUCUCUCGUGCUCCUGGAAGCCUCCAGCAUCUGAUUACAGCGCUUACUUUGUGGAAUGCAGGAGGCAAGGCUCCAAAGUGCCUGUGUACAAUUACACACUGAGUGCUAAUACCCAGUUUCAGCACUUCGAAAACUUAGAGCCUUUCAGGAACUACACAAUCUCGGUUACGGUGAUCUCUGGAAACAAGAAAGGUGCAGCCGUCCAGAACAGCACCUUCACCAUGAUCGACCGGCCGCCGGUGCCUCACCCCACAGUGCGCAUCAGUGAGAGAGCAGCCCACAUAACCAAGUCCACCAUUUUCUUCAAGUUCAACUGUAGCUGGUUCAGCGACACCAACGGGGCCAUUCGUUACUUUGCCAUUGUUGUAGCCGAGGCUGACGGUGCGGAGCCUGUGUUGCCAGAACACAGGCAUCCUCUGCCCUCUUACCUGGACUACAAGCACAACAGCUCAGUAUUGGCUUACCAGACCAACUACUUUCAGAGCCUGUGCGGAGAUGAGACGGAUUUGGCCAACCGGGUGUUUGAGAUCAACCUCGGGGCCGAGAUGGACCGUCUGGGAGGAGCUUGUGAGCAAGACAUGGAGCACAAACAGCAGGGGAGCUAUUUCUGUGAUGGACCCUUAAAAUCCAGAACAGCAUAUAGGCUCAGUGUUCGAGCCUUCACUCAGCUCUUUGAUGAUGACAAGAGGGAGAUGUCUCAUCCUUUGUUCAGUGACACAUACCUCUCACUCCCGAUCUGGACACAAGCAGAGCCGCUGGGAGGACUCGUCGAGGGCAUCAGCGCUGGCCUGUUUCUCAUUGGGAUGAUGAUCGUUAUAACUGCCUUACUGAUCUACAGGCAGAGGGUCCGCAAAGUAGCGGUGCAGGAAAGCCCUCUGGUGAGGAUGAAUAUGUGGAAGGAGGUGCCCACCUCAGGGAUGUACACAGGGGUCAGGAGCAACCGCCGCUUAUCCAGCCCCAUCAAAGCAGCUCACUUCGAAGCUCAUCUCAGUAAACUUCAAGCAGACUCCAAUUACCUCCUCUCGGAGGAGUUCGAGGAUCUCAAGGAUGUGGGACGGAAUCAGGCUUUGGAUGCUGCGCGUUUACCCGAGAACCGAUGCAAGAACCGAUACAACAAUAUACUGCCAUAUGACGCGACCCGUGUGAAGCUCUCAUGCUUAGAAGACGACCUGUGCUCUGACUACAUCAACGCCAGCUUCAUCCCCGGCAAUAAUUUCAGGCGAGAGUACAUCGCCACGCAGGGGCCACUCCCAGGCACCAAGGAUGAUUUCUGGCGCAUGGUGUGGGAGCAAAAUGUGCACAACGUCGUCAUGGUGACGCAGUGCGUUGAGAAGGGCAGGGUGAAGUGUGAUCAGUACUGGCCUUUGGACAGGGAGCCGUUGUACUACGGUGACCUCGUGGUCCACAUGCUCUCCGAGUCCGUCCUGGCAGAAUGGACAAUCCGCGAGUUCAAGAUAUUCUGUGAAGGCCAGUUGAGUUAUCCGAGAAUUGUACGUCACUUCCAUUACACGGUGUGGCCGGAUCACGGCGUGCCUGAGACCACCCAGUCGCUCGUUCAGUUCGUGAGAACUGUGAGAGAUUACAUCGACAGGGCGUCAGGCUCGGGCCCUACAGUGGUCCACUGCAGUGCUGGUGUGGGCCGUACAGGCACUUUCAUCGUGCUCGAUCGUGCUUUACAGCAGCUGGACAACCGCAGCACAGUCGAUAUUUAUGGUUGUGUGUUCGACCUGCGGCUGCACCGCUCGCACAUGGUUCAAACCGAGAGCCAGUAUGUGUACCUCCAUCAGUGUGUGCGUGAUGUUCUGAGAGCCAGGAAGCUUCACUGUGAACAGGAGAACCCACUUUACCCCAUUUAUGAAAACUUUAACCCUGGCUACUAUAGAGAUUUUGUGUACACUGGACAUUGAGGACUGCGGACCUCUUGACAAAUCACAGGAGAAGGAAUUGCUUCUCGACAUUAAGUCUAACUUUAAUAACUGGUGCACUUCACUGCAAAAAAUAAUAGCAAGUGAAAAUAUCUUUAAUAUAGGCACAUGCUUUUAGAUGUGUUCACUCAUUUUAAGCUUUGAAUUUUCUUAUUCGAUUGGCAGACAUUUCUGAUACAGUACUUUCUAGAAAUAAAUGCUUAAAAUUAGAAAAAAAAAAAUAUCUGCAAAUAUCUUGAAGCUUGAAAUUGGGAAAAUACAUCUAGAAACAAGUUUAAUAAUCUUACAUUUGUUUUUUUUUGUCAUCUUAAUAACAAAUACUAGAUAGAUUUGACUAUAUUCAAGAUAUUUUACUAAGAUGCCAUUUUUUUUGCAGUGCAAAGGGAUAUAGCAUUUAUUUUUAUACAACCUCUUCAAGACAUAUUUAAAAUGUUAACAUUUGCUGUUUAUGGAUAUUUAUGUAUUUUAUCAAUUUUAUCCUUUUGUUAAUAUAAGCACUGAGUCUUCCUAUAAUUAUUUUUCAUAUUAUUAUCUAUUAUUUUUACAGUCUAAUUGUUUUAUUGGAAAUUGAAUUUGCCUUAAUGCUUUAAUGUGAAGCAGACUGAUCUGAAUUUCACAGUUGAUCUGAUUGGUGAUUGGGAAUCAGUAAAUGACCAAAUUGGGAGAAAAUGGGGUAAAAAUGUUUAAAAAGCAAAAUAGUAAUCUUUCUCAAUAAGGCUACUCAUGUAUAGCCUUAGCCCUGUCCCUAAACAACCACAUAUGAACAGCACUGGUGAGAAAAGCACUGCUUGCUGUCACACUACCUCCAAAAAGGUUAAAGGUCUGUGUGAGUGAGAUUAUGACAGCUGAAUCCAGAAAGCCAUCAAAUCUGCUGUGGAUUUACAGGGAAAGACCCUGAAGCCGUGCGGGUUUCAGACCACGUAACUCCAUCCAGCUUUUCUGUGUGUAUUCUCUCACACACCUUUGCAUAUUGCUAUAUUUUCUUCCAAUCCGUGGAAUUAUAACUAGAAAAAAUGCUUUAAAUGCUAUAAAAUGGCUUCCUCCCAUUUCUCUCACCAACGUUGCAUUUAUCAUGGCACAUUUUAUCAGACAAAAACACGUAUGAGAACUUACUUUGAGCACAGUUUCAUGCAUAUUCAUUAUAUUUUUGUAUAAACACUAUUUAGUUAGCAAGGAAAUUGUGUUCACUCGUGACCUCUAAAAGAGCUGGCUUGAGUUUAUGUUGAUUCGAGUGCUUUUAUUUUUCUGACUCAUCAAAGGCACCAAUACAGAAAACGCAAUGAGUUCAAAUAGACAAGAAGUUUUUGCCCCAAUCUAACAUAUCCCGUCAAACAUCAGCCUAAUCUAACCUGACCCUGAUUUUCUGACAUUGAUUUAGAUCUGUAUGGUAAAGUCUAAGCUCAAGAUGAAAGCACUUAGAUUAAGUGAUUGAUUAGAUUUGAAUAAGUCUAAAUAAGCACUUUUUUCCCUGUGGACCUCAGAACUGUGACAUGAAAUAAUGUGCUCAAAAUCACUGCAUUGCCAAAGAACCAACAUCUUAGCAAGUAAAAAUAUCUUAAAUAUAGUCCGAUC